AUGUUCACUUGGACAACAAAACCUUAUUUAAAAGUAUCUAUGUAUAUGUUAGUGAUCACCAUAAUAAUUUUUUUGUGAUUCGUUAAAUAGCCUAUGAAGAGAAAUGUGAGAAUGCAUCAUUGAAUAAAGUUUGUCUAUCUAAUGAAAAUUCUAUUAUGGUGACUAGAUUAGGGUUGCUUAUAUCGUUUCCAUCCAUUUUUCAAACAUCUGUUCAAUUAAUAGCAGACCUGAAUCUUGUGCAAAUCAAGUAGAGUCAGCCUUGGCAUAUCUUGGUGGACUAAAAACUACCAUUAUGUUUGGAGUUUUAUUCUCAUUCAGCCGAAUUGGUAUGUGAGAGGAAGUCAACAUUUUUUAACCAUUUUUUUUUAUGUUGGAUUAAAGUAUGCAUUUAGACAUUGAUCUAAGGUUGGAUAAAUAUUUCAUUCAACGAUAGCAAUAGUCAAAAAUGAUUCAUAUCAACAAAUGCAAUGAUACUAAUCUUCCAUAGAGAUAUUUAUUGAUAAAUUUUAUGAACAAUAUCAAGUUGGUUACUAACAAGGAUAAGCUAAAUGAAAUCUAUCAAGCAUCAUGAAAAUUGUGAGAAAAUCGUAUGAAUUUGACCUUCUUUGAUCCCAAGAACAUGAUUAAAUUACAUAGAUGUUGGAAGGGCACCUUAACAUGAUAAUAGCAUGUGUCCAUAAAUUGUCACCUAAUUUAGGAAAUUCCACUUGUGUUCUUACAAAAAUAAUAGUAAGAUUAAAAACAUUUCCAGACUUUGACUAUAUUAAUUGAGAUUUAUAAUUGUAUGGUACCUUGUCCCAUUUUCAAACAUAGAUACAUUUCACCGCAUUAAGUAUGAUUUUGAUGUGAUUAAUUUAUCUUAAAAUGGUCGCAUAACCAGCUGUCACACACUAUACUCAUGAUCUCCUCUUCUUCUGCUUCAUUAGUCAAGCGCAUUCAUGAGCCAAGAUUUAGGUUUGUGGAGGGGAAUUGAUGCGGAUUGGAACUAAUUGGUCACAAGUCGCCCAAGAAAAUACAAGCCAAAACUCAAUAACAAAUUAAUGUCAUAGGGGCCAUUUAGAUAAUAUUCAUUUUGACGGGGGUUUAAAAAGUCAUACAAUAUUUUUACUCUUGUCUUACAACAUUCUUGAGAAAAAGGCGUACAUUAAUUACUGUAAUACUGCGCAGCUCCCACCGACACUCUUUGUAGCAGCGGAGUGAGACGGCGGCGUCCCGUACUCACGACGGGUAUGGCGGCGGCGGCGGAGACUUGAACUUGUAGACUGGAUGACGAGGAGGAAAAUGGUAACGUGAGAAUGGCGGCGUAGACGCCGGCGAUGGUGGAGGAGGUGAUUCGUAGGAGUACGGCGGAGGCGGGGAAGGAGGCGGCGGCGACGGUGGAGGUGGCGAAAUGUAAUAGUACGGCGGCGGAGGGGAAGGUUCCGGCGGUGGAGGAGGUGGGGACGGAGGCAGCGGCGAUGGAGGAGGUGGUGGAGGCGGCGACGAUGGAGGAGGUGGUGAAGGAGGCGGCGGCGAUGGAGGAGGUGGUGAAGGUAGUGGCGGCGAUGGAGGAGGUGGUGAAGGAGGCGGCGGCGAUGGAGGAGGUGGGGAAGGAGGCGGCGGCGACGGAGGAGGUGGGGAAGGAGGCGGCGGCGAUGGAGGAGGUAGUGAAGGAGGCGGCGGCGACGGCGAAGGUGGCGGCGGGGACUUGUAGUGGUAUGGAGGCGGCGGUGACGGCGACGGCGGCGGAGGCGAUCUAUAAUGGUAAGGAGACGGCGGUGACCGCCAAGGCGGAGGAGGCGAUCUGUAAUGGUAAGGAGGCGCCGGUGGUGGCGGGAACCUGUAAUGAAAAGGAGGCGGCUGUGAAGGUGACGGCGGUGGCGGGAACGUAUAAUGGUAAGGAGGCGCCGGUGGUGGCGGGAACCUGUAAUGGAAAGGAGGGGACCCUGAAGGUGACGGCGGUGGCGGGAACUUGUAAUGGUAAGGAGGCAGUGGUGGUGGCGGGAACCUGUAAUGGAAAGGAGGGGGCCGUGAAGGUGACGGCGGUGGCGGGAACCUGUAAUGGUAAGGAGGCGGCGGUGGCGGGAACUUGUACUGGAAAGGAGGCGGCGGUGGCAGGAACUUGGACUGGAAAGGAGGCGGCCAUGAAGGCGAGGGCGGUGGCGGGGACUUGUAAUGGUAAGGAGGCGGCGGUGAAGGUGACGGCGGUGGCGGAGACUUGUAAUGGUAAGGAGGCGGCGGUGACGGCGACGGCGGCGGUGGGGACUUGUAAUAGUACGGUGGAGACGGUGACGGCGACGGCGGCGGCGGCGAGUCGUAA